AUGGCGGACUCCAACAAUCAAAACUCGCACACGCAAAAUCAAGAUCUCUCUCGCAACACCUCAUCCAGUUUCUUCACACCGAAUUCCAACAACACCUAUGGUCCGAAGCUGUCAAUUCAGCUCAAGGAUAACAACUACCUCCUAUGGAAUCAACAGGUAGAAGGUGUCAUUCUCACACAGAAGAUGCAUCGGUUCGUUGUGAAUCCCCAAAUUCCUGUGAAGUUCAAGACAGAUCAAAGUCGCAUAUUGAACAAAAUCUUUGAUGAAUACGAGGUGUGGAUUGUGCAAGAUCAAGCCCUGUUCAUAUGGCUUCUGUCAACCAUAUCUGAAUUCGUUCUUCCGCGAGUGCUAUCUUGCAAACACUCUUAUGAGGUAUGGGAUAGAAUUCAUAAGUUCUUUAAUGCACAAAUGCGAGCUAGGGUUCGCCAAUUGCGUGUGGAAUUGAAAACCACAAAGAAAGGUAAUCUUUCAAUCACUGAAUUCGUGCUCCGAAUCAAAGCCAUAAUGAGUUCUCUUCUUGCUGUAGGAGACUCUAUUUCAGAGAAGGAUCAAAUUGACUCAAUCCUCAAUGGAUUACCAGAGGAAGCACUGAGUCACUCACAUUAUAUGAUGUCGAAGCUCUCUUGUAUGUACAAGAAGCUCAACUUGACAAUUCAGGCAAGAAUUAGCUAUAGCACAAGUAUCUGCCAACAUUGCUCAUGCUCUGCAUGGAGCAAAUAG